ACUUACUGUCACAGAGGCUGUAGAUGAGAUGCAGCACAGUCAGAAACUAAUGCUGCAAACUACCGGCCAUCACCAAGGCUUGGUGACGACACCUUCCCCUGUCCGUGCGCACUGCACGGAGUGUUUGCCUUGGCACUCAGCUAGAACCAUAAAAUACCCAUUAAAGAGGGUCACAAGCAUCGUGCCUUUGCAGUCCACAUCACAAAGUCUCCGAAGUACUGAGUCACUCCAAAGGCUGCCGACCCAAGUUCACUUUAUACCCAGCACAUCAUCAGCUUUCUCAGUGCUUCCAGCUGGAAAUGAUGGCAGAGAUCCAGCAGUGGGCAGCACGACCUGUUCAGGAGGAGUCGCUGUGUGUGCUAAAGAAGCACGAACCUUCACCUCUUCUGUAAAACCUGAUCUUGCUAAACAUUUGGAAUUUACUCCCGUUAUGCCUAAGCCCUUUACAGUGACAGAGAGACCAACAACAGCACCGGUGCAUACUUCACCUUCAACAAAGGGCCAAAUGAAAACAGCAGCUUCUGGGAAACUUCUGGCUACGAUUGCCCAUCCAAGGAUGUUUAUCAGCUCUCCUGCAAGUCCUGCUUCACCUGUGUCUACACGUGUUUCCCUGCUGUCAGCCACAAAACAUGACCAAAUCCAUCGAGCCCCUACUAAACUGUUGUCACAGGCCAAUGUGGGAGAAAAUGCAAAGCCAACUGAAAUCAGCACAAGUGCAAGAAAAAUAGGAACCAGUAAGUUCCUGGGAACAAGCGUGUCUCUGUCAGCCAUGUUUAACACGAGGACGCAGCAAACCCCCCCAGCAGAUCUUGGGAAUAAGGUCAAUUUAACUCUGCUACAACCACCGGUGUCUGCAGGAUCUGUUAUUGCUCUUGAGAGACAGCCUGAAUUGUCCCAGACCACAGCACAGCCUCCCUUAGCCACGACUUCUCUCUCUGCAGCUAAGAACGAUUAUCUCACCACUUCACUUCCAGACAAAAAAGUGUUUCGCCUGCUCACAUCAGCUAUCCCAUCUGACCCAAACGCGGCGCUGCCUCCAGCUGCCAGAGAGAGCGAAUCAACUGUGGUCUCUACAUCACCGGGAAAGAGUGAGGACAUGUUAGUGAAAGGAGUUGCAGCCACCACUAGCCCGCUGCCUACUCGGGCACCUGUGUCUUCAUCACAUCAGACAUCAGCAAGACGCCCUCCGGAGCAGGUAUCCCUAGAAGAAAACAUUGAACAUAAGACUGGUCAUUCCAGCCCUGGUGCCAUCGCGCGUGCUGCUGGGUCAUCUACAACAAAAGCAUUUUCUGUCUCUGCUAAUAGGAUUGUAAAUAAAGUUACUAAUCAGUCAGCUGUCUUUAAGAAAGAAGCUGUCAAUGAUGCUGAGAUGCUUCUAGCCAGAGAUCUAAUCCAGCUCCUUCCAACCUCAGAGAGCCCCGUGUAUGCUUCUCAGAGUCUGGCAGCGCUUAUGCCACAGGGGAACUCCUUGCCGGGUGUUACAAACACUGGACAACCUGAGAGGCUGUUCUCGAACACAGAGGCAGAGGCGAUGGCUAGGACAAACGAAGCCACAGAAGAAGCAGCUGAAGGGUUAGUAACUGUUCUAACGCUGCUGGAUUCGGAGCCCAGGGCACUGCUGAGCGACUCACGUCAGAGGAGGGUUUUGCAGUCAGAUGCCACCAUUCUGAAUGGGCUGUGGAACCUAGCUGGACCUCAGCUUUUUUUCCUUCUUUCCUUAAAGCCUCGCAGUUGUGAGUGACGAUGUCUGUGGCUCCGGGAACUACACUGUGCAGAUGAGCCUGCGCCCAGCCGCAGAAGCAGGCCCUGAGACCGAAGGGUCGGCGCCUUCCCAAGAGACUUUCCUGGCUCUAAUCGCUGUGCAGAGCAAUAGCAGCCAGCCCGUGCUCCAGAUCCGGUCGUGCUGUGUGACACCUUCUGCCAGCCCAGGGGGACCCGGCGCCAUGUGCUGCCUGUUCC